AUGGCUGAUGCAACCGCCAAAGUCGCAGUCAAAGCAACUCAUAUCAUUCAGAGCGAACACCAAAUCUCUCUACAAAAUCCGUUUGUUCUAGGACCCUUCGAUCAACUUGGCCAUUAUGCUACCCCUGUCAAUACUGUAUGGAUCUAUGGAUCUUCCUCCGUCAAUCUGAUUCCCGUGGAUAGGUUGCGUAGAGCCAUCAGCCGCCUCCUAGAUUAUUAUCCUCAUUUGACGGGCCGGUUGACCAUCGAUCCUGAGACUGGUGUUCGUUCUAUAACCAGGCUAGGCACGGGCAUGCAUCUACUAGAAGCUCACUGUGACGCUCCACUCCAGACGUUUGCACGUAGGUCGUCAGGAUUGGAUCCCGAAUUCAGUGUCUUCGAUUUUCCAGGGCGUGGAAACGCGCUGCUUUCACCAUGGGAUCUGUCUCUCGACGGUGCACAACGCGAUCCUGUUUUCACCAUUCAGCGUACAGAGUUUGCCUGUUCCGCCGUCGCCAUUGGCAUGAGACUUUCGCACGUCGUUGGUGGAGCUGGCAGUUUCCUGGGUCUGUAUCAGGACUUGGCCGAAAUCUAUCGAGGGAUCGGACCCGCCGGGGACCAGAUCGAGUUGGCAUCACCACCACACUUACCGCCGUUCAUGGCCACGAACAUGCUGUACAUGAACAUUGAAGAGCAAAGGAAGGCUUUAACUCAACAGCCGCCAAAUUACUCCCUGAAAACAAAUGAUGAAGCAUCUGAAGACCAUUGGGGGAAGGAAACCCAGCUUGAGCACAGCCCAGACACGGACCCGGUCUUGGGGCGGAGUUUGCGAUUUACACCGCAAGCACUAGUUGCUCUCAAAUCACAAGCGGUACGUCCAGGUGACAGUGGAGCUCGGGUUUCCGCCUUUACCGCACUGUCAGCACACAUAUGGCAGCGCACACACCUGGCUCGACUGAAGCAAGCCAAGUCCUGUACUAAGCAGGCACCGAUUUGCUCGAGCUCAACCUUUGGCACCAGCGUGAGCUUUGUGCCGCAUCUCGGCUUACCUCGGCGCUUGUUUGGUAACACUGUUGUGACGCCAAUCAUUACCCUCGACUCCACAAAAUUGGCGCAAGCACCGCUCUGGGAGGUCACAGAAAUCAUCAAUGGCCUGGUUCGACAUGUGUCCAAGGACGAAGUCGACAAGCUUGGAACCUGGAUUGCUGCCCAGCCCAAAAAGUCGCGUAUCCAAUUUAGCUUCCAAGUCACACCUACUUCAUUCAUCGCAACUGGGUGGCAUCGCUUUCCACUGUGGUUAGGUGCCGAGCUUGAAGUGCCUCCUAUCUUCGCCAGUCCGGUUUUCAUGGAGUCACUGUUUGACGGCAUGGUAUGUUUUGUGGAGCCCAGGGCUAAAGAUGGUGGAUUAGAUGCCAUCGCCUCUAUGAAGUCAUCCGCAUGGGCACAUCUCGAAAAGGAUGAGGAAUUUAUUAGUAACUGGGAUAAAAGAGGACUAUGA